AUUUAUUGCGGUGGUGAACAACGAAUUUAACAUAGUCACGACGUGUGCACUUGCUUCGGGAAAAUUUGAGAAUCUAUUUUCGCCGUUGAAAGGCGCGCGGGAACGUGUUCGCGACGGAUUUCUCGAACCGUGGUGCUUUAGUACGGUUAGUCUCUCCGCUUCGUGCAGAACUUCGUCGAUCCUGGAAUAGUUUCGUCAGUUACUCAUCGAAGUUUUUCGCGUGUUUGUUGUACGAGCCAAUUUACAAUCGUUUCGGGCGUAUUCGUUCACAUUCAUAUCAUUCUCGGUGUACAUAACCCCUUUCCGUGACAUUUACGUAUCAAUCGAACAUUGAUCGAAAUAUCGAUAAUACGCUUCGAAUUUUUCUCGAACGGUUAGUUCGUUGAUACGAUUGUUCAAUCUGGAAGCUGAUACGGAAAACGCGGGAAUGGAUGCUGUGGAUGUCCUCAAUCCUGACACUCUGUCGGGGAACAACAAGGAUGGUUUCAACAACGAAAACAAUGGCAAUAACAAUGAAGACGACGAGGCGCCCACCGUCGAGGAGACUUACGAGGUUACAACUACCAAACGAAAGACGAUUCGGACCAGCUACAAGAUCCAAGAAACAUCUUCAUCAACCAAGACAACCACAAUGACAACUGCAGCAAAGUUAUAUGGCAAGGAUUUGAGUGAAUAUGAUGAUGUGGAUGUGGAUGAUUUAUUGGCACAACUUACUCCAGAAGAAAUUAAUAUACUAGCUAAGGAAGUGGAUCCAGAUGAUAGCUUUAUGCCACCAUCACAGCGUUGUAGCUAUGAAUGUGACAAGAGUCCUACAGGGCCAUUAAAUCGUAAGAAACUCAUUGAACAUAUCAACAAACAAGCUUUGGAAACACCAGACAGACCUGAAUUAAAACCUUAUGUACCUGGUGUAAUAAGAGGCAAAAAGUGGGUUCCACCUCCUCAAGAAACAACAAAAGAAAAAGAAGUAGAAGAACAAAUUGCUAUUGAUCUUGGAGAAGAAUAUGAACAAGCAUUAUCUAAUGCUACUCAAGAAGAAAUUAUUGAUCUUGCUGCUAUUCUUGGAUUUCAUUCUAUGAUGAAUCAAGAUCAAUAUCAUGCUUCUCUAUUAAAUUCUGGCCAACCUGUUGGUUUGGGUUGGGAUGGUAUAACAAAAGCUAGUCAACCAAAACCUUACCCGAUGGAACCUCCCAAUGAUACAGAUGUUGAUGCUACUAUUAAGCAAGUUAGAGAAGAUGAUGUUUCAUUAAUUGAUUUAAAUUGGAAUAAUAUCAAAAAUAUAUCUGAUGAAAAGUUUAUUCAAUUAUUCGAAGGAUUAGAGAUAAAUACACAUCUCGAAUCCCUAAGUUUAACGAAUGUGGGACUCACUGACAAGACUGCACAAAGAUUGGCAGAUGCCUUAGAAAAAAAUUCGACGCUCAGAGUACUCAAUGUGGAAACAAACUUUAUAAGCCCAUCUGUGAUAGUAAGGCUCAUCAGGGCAUUGCUUAAAACGAAGUCAAUAGAAGAAUUUCGAUGUUCGAAUCAGAGGUCGCAGGUAUUGGGAAAUAAAAUUGAAAUGGAAAUUACACAAUUGGUGGAACAAAAUCCAACAUUGCUUCGACUUGGUCUUCACUUGGAAUUCAAUGACGCUAGACAUCGCGUAGCUGCACAUUUACAACGCAACAUUGAUAGGAAUGGGAGCAAUUGUAUGGGGGACCAUGGAGAUCAUAUGACGAAAUGCUUCUAAUUCUUCCGAAUCUGCUUCGUAGUCUUUCAUAGCGCUUUAUUAGCACAUCAUCAUUCAUCCAUUCAUCCUGCUAAAUUCAUUUAUUAUUUUUCUAGCUAGUGAUAUAGAGGUAAUUAUGAGAUCCUAGAAUGUACCCAUUUUCAAUUGAUAUUUCUUUUAUCUCUUUAACAUUUUAUACAAUUUAAUUACCUCUUUCAUAUAUCCACAUUGAAUUCUGAUCUAUUUCACAUGUUAGAAAGAUGUUGUACCUAGAAAAUUCAUCAUAUAAUUUAUUCCAAUUUUCAGUCGAGUAUAAAAUAUAGACAUUAUAUAUACGGUAUGAAUCUGUCUGAAGUUGUUUUUUUUUUUUCUUUUUCUUUUCAUUAUUGCUUAUAUACAACUUAUUUAACAUCGGUAAACAGCGGAAUAGAUGGAGUUUGUGAUGUUCAUGCUUUUGUGCAGUCAUGCUUCGUUUAAUCUAAUAAAGAAUACGAUUGAUAACGGUAUUAGUAUUAGAGAUAUAUACUUAAAAAUAUUUUUUUUUAUUGUCACGCAC